GACUGUAGAACAUGAUGAAGCCGCAGACUGUUCUCCUGUUGCUCUGUCUAUUCAGGACAAGCUUUGCCCUUCCAGUGCAGAUUGGAAUUAUUGCAAGCAACAGCAAUGAGAUCCUAAGACUGAAUGGACUGACUCUUGCAGCACUUGGACAAACACAGGGGUCUUCCCUAUUACCUCAGUUUGUGCUGCAGCAGCAGCAGCCUGAGGUGCUGCUCACACCACAGGUGGUGAACUUGAACCCUCAAGUGGCCAGUCCCUACGGUCCCCAGGGGCCCCAGCUGUUUUUCCCCAACCAAGGCAACCAGCUCACGCCUGUGAUUAUCCCCAACGGCCAGCAAGAGCAGCUUGGACCUCCACAGGACCCCAAUGCUCCUAAUGUCCCACAGCAGGCCCAAAACCCUGUCCAGAUGUUUCCACAAUUCCAUUACCAGCCUUACGGAUUUCCUCAGUUUCACAGACAGCAGGGCUUCCCUUACUUUGUGCCGUCUUACGGCUAUCCCCAGCAGAGGAACCCUGUGGUGCUUCAGCCCAACAACGGUCAGCAGAAGCUGGAGAGGGCCACACAGAGACCACAGCUUCCCCUGCAGCAGGCCUCCCAGCCUAAGGUGCAAACAGAAAGAAAAGAGUCUACUACAAUUCCUCCUGAUCCUCGUGGCGACGCAUCUGGUCCAGGGGUUGAUGAGGGUCACUCCAACUUCCCCUUCCUGUUCGAGCCCUAG